AUGGGCAAUGUCGACCACAUCCAACAUGCGAAGCCCACCACCAAGGACCCUGAUAUUGGCAGUCCCGGUCAAAAUGAGACCUCCGGUUCUGAGGCAGAGCAAGUCUUGUCGUUGAACCAAGAGUGCGAUGAUGUCUCGCCUCCUACGUUGCAAACACCAACCUCGCAAAAUUGCCCCAGGUUGAAAGCUCCGGCAACACCUGGAUACACCUCCCCGGUAAUAUGCCAAAUUUUAGGGCAAUCCCUAGACACCUUACUCAGUAACACACAGCUUCAAAUGGAUUUCUUCACACAGACGAUUUGCAAGUCCUUGACAGCGUUCGAUUCCAAGCACAACGCAUUUAAAAGGGUAGCUGUAUCACGUACAAAGGAGUCGUUGUUGUUCUUCUCCUUGACUCGCUAUAUUACCGCGGCUUUUCUGAACUCCAGUGCCCUCGACUCUACCAGCGCUCUAGUGGUGCAGACCGCCCAGACCGAAAUCUUAUAUCGACUGCACAGUGAAGUGGCACAGUUGGCCUUACAAACGAGGGCAAACAUCGAGGAUGUCUUGAUGGUUAUUAUUAUGUUCGGCCUCACUACAAAUUGGGACGGAUCCAAUAGCCCUAGCAUUCUCCACUACAAUGCAGCUGUCCGGUUAUAUCUACAUACCUAUGGAAACAGCACGCCACAUUCGCCGCAGAACGACCAUCAGGAGCUCUUCCUUCCUUCACUAGUCUAUUGGUGGAUGGGUCUUGCGUUUGUCACAGACACCAGCAAAGAAUGUCUGUUAGACCCGCCGCCUCUCGAGACUAGCAUUCGCAAUGGCACCGAGACCGUCAAUUUCGCCAAGAGGAUCCCUCAUCCCCUGGCUGGAGUGUCCCCUGAGGUGCAAAAGCUCCUUGGGCGGGUGGGUUCAUUGACUUAUGGGCAGAGGCUAAGCUGCCGGGAAAAGUCUUUCACAAGCAUGAUUGUACUAUACAAAGAAUAUAACUCACUACAACGAGCGCAGAACCUAGAAGAGGAAGCACUCUCACUCAAGCUGCCAAAAGCCGACGAAUUUAUCGACAGCGAUGAUAUGAUGACCCCCAUACAAGACCUUAUCAACACUGCAGAGGUUUAUCGAUUUGCAGCCCUCAUAUUACUAUAUCAAGCAUUUCCGGAUCUGCUCAGCCGCAGACUGCGGCUUGACGAAGAUGAUCUCGAUGGUGAUCAAUCCUCAAAGGAGCGAAGAUUGCUAUGGGUGACAGCACUAGCCAUUCAAGCCCUCAAGGUCCUGUGCCAGAAUACACCAGGGUCCGGGACCCGCAGCAUCGAGCAAAUUCUGUUAGUCAUCAUUGGUGGAGCGCUACUAAACCGGACGUGCUCGCAGACUUCGUACAUGAGGGAGGAAAGCGAUCGCUCGACCCUCGAACGAUCAAUAGCAGGACUUGGUCCACCUUCGCUCCCCAUAAGAAGUGCUUUUAACCAACAUGAGAAUUUAUACGACUUCUCGGGCCACGAAACGCUGCGAAAUGUUAUCGACAGCUCAUUCGGUGAAUCUUCGGUCUCAGACUGCAUCGCUGAGGCUCGCAGGACGGUCUGUAAGCGCCUCCAAUCAAUCCGCGAAAUCUUGCCAUACAGAUCGCUUGAGAUUGUGCAGGAGCUCGUGUUCAAAACUUGGGAUAUCAGUGACAAUGAUACUCCUGAGGUCUUUUGGAUAGAUAUUAUGAUUGAAAAUGGCUGGAGCUUCCUGUUAGUGUGA